GAGGAGCAGCCGCGGCGGUGGCGGUGGCGCGAGGGGGAGGAGGAGGAGGAGGACGAGGGGGAGGAAGAUGGCAGGUGAAGCAGUCAGAGCGUGGAGCGAGGAGCAGCUGAAGGGCGACGAUGUGUCUAAAAAGGAGAUGAUCCAGUUCCUGCAGGAGAGGGCCUCGGAGCCGUUUCUUUCUGAACAUAAAUUGAUGGGAAAUAUCAAAAAUGUAGCCAAGACUGCAAAGAAGGAGCAGCUAAUUAUUGCCUACAAUCAACUGUUUGAAAGCAAGAGGUUUAAAGGUACUGAAGAAGUCACACAGCAGCUUAAGGAUGUGAAUAUUGGGCCUGCAAAAGACAAACCAAAGGAUAAGAAGCCUGAAGAAAUCGUUCCAGAGGGCCCACCAAAAUACACCAAAAAUGUGUUGAAAAAAGGAGACCGGAUCAACUUUCCCAAGAAGGGUGACACUGUCCACUGUUGGUACACGGGAACAUUAGAAGAUGGAACGGUGUUCGAUACAAACAUUGCUUCUAGUUCAAAAAAGAAAAAAGGAUCAAAACCAUUGAGCUUUAAAGUAGGAGUUGGAAGAGUUAUCCGUGGGUGGGAUGAAGCGCUCCUGACAAUGACUAAAGGGGAAAAGGCCUGUCUAGAGAUUGAGUCGGAGUGGGCUUAUGGCAAGAAAGGGCAGCCAGAUGCUAAAAUCCCACCAAAUGCUAAACUUAUUUUUGAAGUUGAACUGGUGGAUAUCGAUUAACAGACUUUAGCUUCUUCACGUUUAUCCUAUGAAGCACUGCAUUUGAAAUAAUGCAAGCGGUAUACAACUUGUGGACAUAUUUGGUUUGAAAAUUAUAAUUGUUUAAAACCUUGUUCAGCAACUCUUCAUUUCAAUGCGUUGUGGGUGAUCACACCAUCACAAUGUUGGAGAAGUCAGAUGAUUUUUCAGUUAUGCUCAGUUUAAGUCUUGCACUAGUCAAGACUAUCUUCAAUAAAUGCAAUAAAUGUUUUUUUAGCACGAGAAA